AUGGACAUAAACUCAUGUACAGUUGCUCAAAUCUUGAUAUUUUCGGAACGGAAAGAGAUAUCGAGUGACGGUAUUUGGGAGGAUCUUGACCAACUCUUUGAGAACAUGUACAGGGUUCGACCGGCUCUGGAGGACAUUCGGAACAAAAGAAAAUCCCUAAGAGGUGCUUCAGAGUACUAUGGAAUACCAAAAUCCACUCUAUCCGAAAAACUCGUGAGACAAAAAGCUGGAAAACAUGGUGCACCUACCAAACUUUCAGAACAAGAGGAAAAAAUAUUCGCAGAAGGAAUCACUCAGUUUGCAGAGUGGGGAUUUCCUAUGACUCGUUGGGAUAUAAGAUGCUUGGUAAAGGAUUACCUUAAUAGAAAAGGUAAACAAAUAACCCAGUUCAAGGACAAUAUGCUUGGGAUUGAGUGGUUUUAUAACUUUGUCGGUAGAAACAAAAUUUUGACUGAGAGAUUUGCACAAAAUAUAAAGAGAUACAGGGCUAAUGUAACCAAGGCGGUAGUAAAAUCCUAUUUUGAGAAUUUAGAACUGACUUUAGAGGGAGUUGAACUCAUGAAUAUCGUGAAUUAUGAUGAAACCAAUUUGACAGAUGACCCUAGAAAACAAAAAGUUUUAUGCCGCCGUGGUUCCGAAGCGGGUUGA